CGGCGGCGGCGGCGGAGCGAGUACCCGGCGCUCCCGAGCGCCACUUUCGGCAGGACGCGCCACUAUCGCCGUCAUUGCGCUGUUUGUGAGACUCCGGCGACAAGUGUCCUGUUUCAGUAAUGUCGUGGUGGCUGAGCUAGUGAUUGAGGCAGUGAGACACCCGGCUGGACCGUCGCCGGCUCGAACCCUGUCAGCUGGAAACAAGAGUUGAUUCGGGAACUGGUGUCCUUUUCUACCAGCUGUCGGGUGCUGGGAGAACUCGUGCCCGUCCGGACGGCCGUCUCCGGUGCCGACCGCAGCACCAAGCACCUUCGACUAUGUGACGCCGGCUGGAGACGGCGGCGGGCGCGGCGGGGCACGGCGGGCCGGCGCCGGCGCCGGGGGCGUCUCUCCACGAUUCCUCACCGUGCCGAGUCGGGGGCCCUGCUGGAGGACGGCUGGGUGGCCGACGGCGCACCCUCCGCAGCCGGGCAGCGGCCAGGAGUCGCCCCAGCGGCCGGCGGGCUGGGCGCCGUCCCCAGGCAGCAGCGGCGAGACACGCCCGGUACCCACUCGGGAGGGCCGCUCGGCAAACACGAAGGCCGUGUCGCUCCAGCAACGGGAGCCCCCGACAGGCAGAAGGGGAGCGGUACCGCUUCUGCUGCACCGACAAAACCCUUUAGAUUGGUUCCAAACAAGCAUUUAUCCCCAGGAAUAUCUUUGGAAACGAUUCCUAUCAAAAAGAAAGGAUCAGAUUCAUCGGACAGAAAUUCAGACACUGUCCCAGGCAAAGCAGACGGACCUGGUACACCCGGGACACCCUCAGAGUCAGCUCCAGCCCGACAGGAGAGUUGGACAACACCUGGAACACCCUCAGGGUCGGUCCCAGGCCGACAGGAGGGCCGGCCCGCCGCGGGCACUCCCUCAGGGUCGGUCCCAGGCCGACAGGAGGGCCGGCCCGCCGCGGGAACGCCCUCAGGACCGGCACCGGUGGAGGAGCGCAGGCCAGUGCCGGCGGUGCACUCUCGCGCGUCACUGCGGAGGCGCUCGGCCGGCGGCAGCAGGAAGGGCAGGGCCCGCGGCCCGCGCGCCAUAAUGACUAUGUCCUCGGGGCAUAAGGAGAAUGACGCGCAAGACACCAGCUACAGCCCGGCUCGAAUACAGGAGAUGAUCUGCGAGCUCAACUGUCACGUGGCGCUGUUGCGGGAGCACCUGCUGGCGAUGGGAAGCAGUCGCGACUCCCCCGAGCUGCGGGAGCGCAUCCGACGCACGCGGCUGGACUGCAUGACCAGCUGCCGGCAGACGGCCGCCCGCCUGCUGCCGCACAUCCGCAAAGAGAUGGAGAGCGGUAUCCUGGUGGACAGCCAGUGCCUGGUGCUGCUGUUCAGCUGCACGCAGCUGCUGCUCCGCGAGCUGCAGAAGACCACCCGGCUCAUAGACACCAUGCCGAUGGACAUGUCGGCCUACUACGAGAGCCGGCCCGGCCCGUCCAGCUCCGGCCUGGGUAACGUCAUCUCGCAGAUCAUCCUUCACGUGCCGAUCACACCCAACUUUCAGCGCGAGGAGCUCAUCAGCAUCGAGAAGGACUGCCGCGAGAUCGAGCUGCUGCUGGACGAAAUGCAGGAGUUCAUGCCCAAGGCCGAGUCGGCUCGCGUCAACAUGUGGGCCAUGGAGGGCCACGGCCUGCUCCCUGGCAAACCGCGCUGGAGGAGAGAUACCAAGGUGGCCAGCUCGUGCUGCUGCACCGGCGUCAGCUCCCUGUUGUGAGCCGCCGCGCGGGCCCGCGCCGGGCCCACAUAGACCCUCACCGGGCCCACGCCGGGCCCCGGUAGACCCCACUGCCUCCCGGUGCCGAGCAGGGCCUGCAGGGAGCCCCGAGUGUCCGCCGCCGCCAGGACCGUGCCGUGGUGCGUCCCCGUCGCCGUGUGACGGUCGGUGUGGCCGGACCGGGCGGUGUCCAGGGGGAGGGGAGAGGGGCAGUGUUACCCGCCGGCGGCCGGUUAUCGACCGUACGUCAUCAGAGCAGCGUCGACCGCCGCCGGGGAGGGGCGGCCACCGACCGGCGACCACCGGCAACCGAGGAGCGCGACCGGCGCGACCGGCGCCCCGCUGUCUGUCGCCGCCUGACACUGUCACCGCCGAUGGACUCCAGACCAUUCCGACGUCCAGCCGUCUGCCUCUGAGAACGACUCGACCUCGGCCGGCCCAGCAACCACACUGGCAGCUUGCAGACCAUUACAACUACACCGCGGGGACCGCCCUUCCCGUGAAUGUCUCACACCGACUCACGAACUGCCUGAGCUCGACCGCCGCCGGCCAGCGGUGAAUGAUCGUCCGGGGCGACUCCCAGGGCGCCCAUAGCGUGGCCCAACCCACCUGAGCCCUAAUGAGACGUCGUGGCACCGCCGCUGUCUGCGGACACCCCCGGGGAGCCGGACACUUUAUCGGACAGUUUGCACCGCUGGGAAUGGACGCGGCUGUGGCCGGCGACUGCGGCGACCCACCGAGCCGGCGCCCGGCGAGCCGCAGUGUGCCGCGGGUGUGCAGAGUGAAUUACAACUACACCGCAGGGACCGCCCUUCCCGUGAAUAUCUCACACCAGAGUGGAGUGGUCAGGCCGGAGUGGUAAUAACUAUGUAGAGCUGAUCCACCCCGUACCGAUGCGGGUGCUGUCCGAUCUCUGCCGCAGACCUCUGAUUGAAUCCAGUCUGCGGGAAUGAGACGUCAUCCAGGGACGAAAUGCGAUGAAAAGUUGCAUGUUUUUGCGAUAUGAUGCUCUGAACAGUUUGUGUUUCCUUUUUACGCUGAUAUCACUUCGUGGCAGGCACUGCGAUGCUUCAAAUCCCCUGGUUCCAUCGAACCUCUGCCGUAACGUUCCCAUUACCGCGGCUAUAUCCAAAAGCUCAUCAGGCCUAACAACUAUGUACAACAUGCAUUAUCCAAGCUCUCCCACCACGUCCUGACCUUUCGGCCCAAGUGUAUGUACUUACGACGAUAUGAGCCUGUCGUGUUACUCCGUGACCCCGGCUGACGACAGUCCGCUGUCAGUCAUGUGGCAGCUGUCCGUCACGUUGACAGACAGUUGAUAGCUGGCUGUCUUCGCUGGGGCUCAGAACCGUGUGUGUAUGUGGGGGGGGGGGGGGAGUGUGCGGGACCGGGGGGCCUCCCCGACCUCCACUGGCGUCCCUGUAAGGUCGGUCAGGCCGGAGACCCUCUGGUCACGGGGAUCACCGGAACCGUCCCAGCCCCUCCCCUGCAGCGUGCCGUGAUGAGACGGUCGCGGUGCGGCUGUUUUUCCACGAGGAGUGGUACCGGAGUGUAUGAGUGAGAGUGAACCACACCAGUUGUUGUGAGUCGAUCGCACAGCAAUACAAACAGACGCAGUUGAAUGUAUAUGAG